CAACACACAGCACGAGUUUCACCUUGUUGUGAACCCAGUUGGACGCGGAGGAAGCGGCCGCAACGACGCCGACCCGAGAUGCCGAAAUACUGCUCGGUCCCAAACUGUAAGAAUGACUCCGGGAACGGCAGCGACAGGAAGAGCUUCUACAAGUUCCCUCUACAGGACCCGGUCCGACUGCAGCAGUGGCUGAGGAACAUGGGACGUGAGAACUGGACUCCCUCUCGACAUCAGUACAUUUGCCACGAACACUUUCCACCUUCGUGCUUCAAGGUGCGAUGGGGGAUCCGUUACCUGGAGAGCGACGCUGUGCCCACAGUCUUCCAGGAGGCCGAGAAACGGAAAGCCACGGAUCAAAGCGAGAAGACGCCAAAACGCCUUCGCGCUGACGGUAAUCAAAGCAUAAUGGUGUCAGGUGACAGGACGGGGGCUGUCGACGCUGUGGAGGUGGAAAGUACGUUGCACACGGUGCACUUGUACGAGAUCACCGUCGACCCAUCGCAGCAGGGCAAAGCCAGCCUGGUGGAGCCGAGCGAUGUUGGAGAAUCUGAUUCUUCUCUCAGGACAGAACUGAACACGCUGGCAUCAUUCGACGGAUUCGAAACGGGGGCAAAUUUCCCUUUAACCUUAUUCCAGACAGUAGAUGAUCUGAGUAAUAGUGGAGAGAACACAGAGGUGGUAGUGAUGUCUGAAUGCGCUGUUGGCGAGGGGCAAGAUGAGCUUGUGAGUGGAAUCGCUGCUGCCAUUUUAACUCAGGGCCACGGGCUGGUCUCGAGUGACUCCACACUUGGCUGCGCCGAUGAGGCUGCGGCCUCUCUCAGUGUUGAAGAUGCGACUUGUACCACGGAGGAGUUCUUAGAUAUCCAAGAAGGCCAUGAAACGCAAGUCAUCGCCUACUUUGAGACGAUACCAAACGUUUUCCCCGGUGAAACCUCCACCAAGUUCACCUUCUCCCCGGACACAGUGCUGUCAUCCGCUCUGAGCUCCAAGCCCAUCACAUCCACACUGCCUAUAGUGUCCAAACAUGUACCACCUUCCCCCGCGUCCCUGGUUCUCACUGUGGAAAGACUGGACACAGACAGCGGAGAGGGAGAUGAUGACAAGUCAGAGGACGAUAGCCUAGAGAGGCAGGAUCACCAGCUGGAGGAGCACUGCUACCAUAAGAACAGCCUGAGUAAAGAGCAGCUGGAGGCGAUUGUGGCCGAGCUGCAGAAAAAGGUGAAAGUGCUGCAGCAGCGACACCGACGACACCUGGAGAAACUUCUGGGUCUGGAGAACACGGUUAGCCAGCUGAGGCAAAGCAACCUGCUGAACGAAGAGCGACUGCAGCUGCUCGAGAGGGCUUACAUACAGACCAGUGCAGCAGUGACAGAGGCCGGUGAGACUGUGGCCAUCAUCUAUGAGGAGGACGAUGCUGCGUACUUUUACACUCCACUGAUUGAUGCAGGGGAAAAGCUGUGAGGCCCAACUGACUGUGCACAUCCCAUCUGUGUGUCUGUCUGCUGCCCGUCGUGCUAAAAAUUAAGCGACAUGGCUAACGCUGUUGAAAACAAAAUGCUACCUAGUUGUGUGUGUUUUUUUUUUUUUAGUUGUGUUUUGUUUCCUCUUAACAAAACGAGCUCUGUGUAUGAAAUGUGGCAGUGCCUGUUGGAUCUGUUGUGAGCUUUGCACAAAUAAUGGAUGAGUAAUAUGGGACAAUGUUGAAUGUGUUUUUAUAAGAGUUUUGCCUCUACCCCGCCCUUCCUUCUACCAGUUUGUGUUUGACUUAUUAAAGUAUUUUUUGUUUGUACAU